GUCGUCCCAAAAGUGAGCUGGAUUAUGGCAAAGCAGGAGGAACCCCAACUGGACACCCAUAGUGGUGUAUAUUACCACUGGCGCGUUUGGGAGCUCACUGGACUGAUGCGUCCACCGGGGAUUUCCCGCUUGGCUUACCGCGUGUACGCCGUAGUGAUCAAUUUGGUAGUAACCUUGCUUUUCCCCUGUAGCCUGUUGGCCAGGCUGUUGUUCACCACCAACAUGGCCGGAAUGUGCGAGAACCUAACCAUUACGAUCACAGAUAUUGUGGCCAAUUUGAAGUUUGCGAAUGUAUAUAUGGUAAAGUCACAGCUAUACGAGAUUCGCUCGCUCCUGAGGCUCAUGGAUGCUCGGGCCAGGCGAAUAGGAGAUCCCGAAGAGCUGCGCGCUUUAAGAAGGGAAGUGUACAUUGCCCGAGGCAGCUUUCGCGUCUUUGCCCGGAUCUUUGUAUUCGGCACCGCUUUAAGUUGCUUCCGGUUGGUCAUUCGUCCGGAUCGGGAACUCCUGUAUCCGGCCUGGUUCGGUGUGGACUGGAUGCACUCCACCAGAAACUAUGUGUUCAUCAAUCUGUACCAGCUCUUCGGACUGGCCGUGCAGGCCGUCCAAAACUGUGCCAGUGACUCCUAUCCGCCUGCGUUUCUCUGCCUUCUCACGGGUCACAUGCGUGCCUUGGAGCUGAGGGUGCGUCGGAUUGGCUUUAGGGCGGAGGACCUGACGGGCGAUGACGAUUCCUGGCGGGAGGAGGCCUACGAGGAGCUGGUCGAGUGCAUCCGUGACCUGAUGCGGGUCCAUCGGCUGAGGAAGAUCAUCCAGCGCAUUCUUUCGGUGCCCUGCAUGGCCCAGUUCGCCUGCUCAGCCACUGUCCAGUGCACCGUGGCCAUGCAUUUCCUUUACAUGGCGGAUGACAACGACCUGACCGCCAUGAUCAUGUCGAUUGUCUUCUUCACGGCCGUGACUUUGGAGGUGUUUGUCAUUUGCUUUUUUGGAGAGAGGAUGAGGACGCAGAGCGAGGCGCUGUGUGAUGCCUUCUACGCAUGCAACUGGAUGGACCAGCUGCCCAAGUUCAAGCGCGCGCUGCUCCUUACAAUCGCCAGAACCCAAAGACCUUCACUCAUCUUUGCAGGCAACCACAUAGCUCUGUCGAUGGAGACAUUCGAUCAGGUCAUUAGGUUUACCUACUCCGCCUUCACUUUGUUGCUCCGGGCCAGAUAAGAUGGACGAGUUUCAAGCUAUAACAUGUAUGUAGGGAUUUACGGAUCCUUUACAAAUUAUAUUAGAGUAGUAAACUCAAUUUUUUAAAAGCGUAGAAUUGACAUAUAACCUCUUUAAAGAAUUAUAUAAUGAUUGUAGCACUGUUGAAACAGUUAAACAAAUUAA